AUGUACAGUGACUACCUUUUUAAGCUUUUGCUUAUUGGAGAUUCUGGCGUAGGCAAAUCAUCUCUUCUUCUGAGGUUUGCUGAUGAUUCUUAUAUUGAUAGUUACAUUAGUACCAUCGGCGUGGACUUUAAAAUUCGCACAGUGGAGCAGGAUGGGAAAACAAUUAAGCUACAAAUAUGGGACACGGCUGGACAAGAACGAUUUAGGACAAUUACGAGCAGCUACUAUCGUGGGGCCCACGGCAUCAUUAGAGUUUUAAGUUUUAACAACGUGAAGCAAUGGUUGAAUGAAAUCGACCGAUAUGCGAGUGACAAUGUUAAUAAGCUACUUGUUGGAAACAAGAGCGAUCUCACAUCAGAGAAAGUUGUUUCAACUGAGACAGCCAAGGCACUUGCUGAUGAAAUCGGGAUACCUUUUCUGGAAACUAGUGCAAAAGAUGCCACUAAUGUUGAGCAGGCAUUCAUGGCUAUGUCUGCAGCUAUUAAGAACAGAAUGGCAAGUCAGCCAGGGAUGAAUAAUGGUAGACCUCCGACUGUACAGAUCAGAUGACAGCCUGUGAAUCAAAGUUCCGGCUGCUGCUCAAGCUGAAGCUGAUGUUUGGUCCUCUUUUGCUCUUCCUCAUGCAAAUAGGGCAAUAUAAUCACUGGCGAAACUGGUUUUUCUUUCAUAACUUCAGGGACACCACGAGCCACUUUCCUAUGGUUCUAAUCAUAUUUUUUAUGAAAGUGAAUUUUGUGUUCGGUUGUUUCAAGCACUUGACUGAAUACAAAAAUGUACUCGGAUUAUUUUGUAGCGUAACUGAAUUUCCAGGAUGCAGGUUUCAAAUGACAUAUCAUGCUCGGUUGGUCUCAUAUCACCGUCAGAACAUCUUCAAAUGUUGCGUACUUUUUCACAGUUUGCCUGAGUUGAGACAGCUAAUUUGAUUCUUCUUCUUGCUCUUUCUCUAGAAAUAGAUGAAAAGCAAUGUACGUGGAAACAUUUGCAUUGGACAAAAUUGAACUAAUACAAGUUGAGGGUGUUGAACUAUAGGCUUGAGGGUGUUGAAAUUUGGAAAAUUAUGCGCAA